AUGGCUGGCAAAAGCCUGAAGCGCAGACACAGCUACACCAGCCAAACCUGUGGAUUUUGGUUGUGGGGCAAGGUGGAGCUGAAACAGACUCCACUGGUGAAAUCUCAGUUUUGGCAAUACCCUCUGUGUCGCUCUGAGAAACGCUUCUGCAGCGAUGGCUUUGCUCAGCACUACAAAUCUGGGCCAGGAAGAGGCUCAAAACAUGAGUUCACUCGCUCACAAGUGUUUACAGAGGAUGGAAAUUUAUGCAGAUUCCCUUUCCGGUACGGUGGAAGGUUGUAUCACUCCUGCUUAUCAAAUCACGUUUCCCACAAGAAGUGGUGUUCAACAACACAUAACUAUGACAGGGACAGGAGUUGGGGACACUGCACUUCGUUGACCAAAGACCAUGCAGAUCUCUGUGCAAACAACCCUUGCCAAAACGGAGGAAGCUGCUCCCUUGCUCAUGGCCACAGCACGUACCACUGUACCUGUCCUGAGGGGUUCACGGGCGAGGACUGCCAGACCAAGAAGUGCUUUGACAACAGUCUCUACGAGUUUUUUGAUGUGGGCAUGAGCUGGAUAAGAGCCCAACACGGAGCUGUGGAGGAGUGUACCUGUGUGAACAGCCAGACUGAGUGCAGGAGUGUUGCACACACAAGCUGUCUUCAUGAUCCAUGCAUGAAUGGUGGAGAAUGUAGAAUGGCAACCUUCAGUGGGAAAAUAGUGUGUGACUGCAAAGGGAAUUUUGCAGGGAAGUACUGCAAUAUUGUUCCCAGCCACCGGUGCUACGUUGGCAAUGGCACAGAGUACAGAGGCACUGCAAACACAACCACUUCUGGGUAUAGCUGCUUGCCCUGGAAUUCAGACUUGCUUUAUGAAGAGCUUCAUGUUGACAGCGUUGAGAAAGCAGUACAGCUUGGCUUGGGGCCCUUCUCCUAUUGCAGAAACCCAGAUGAUGAUGAGAAGCCAUGGUGCUACAUCACGAAGGACCACAGUCUGUCUUGGGAGUACUGUGACAUUCCAUCUUGUGCAAGCAAGGAAAGGAGGCCACCAACUCCAGACACUAUAGAUACCUACACAGUCACCAAAAGGCCAUGUGGGAGAAGACACAAAAAGAGAAGUUUUGUGAGACCCAGGAUUGUUGGGGGAUCUUCAUCUCUGCCUGGAUCUCAUCCCUGGACAGCAGCUAUAUAUAUUGGAGAGAGUUUUUGUGGUGGAAGCCUUAUUCAGACUUGCUGGGUUGUGUCAGCAGCACACUGCUUUGCUAACAGUCCACUGAAAUCCACCGUUAAAGUUGUUCUGGGUCAGCAUAUAUUUAAUAAAACAACUGAUGUGACACAGACCUUUGAAAUAGAGAAAUACAUCUUGCACCCUGAGUAUUCUGUGUUCUACCCUACUGAGCAUGAUAUUGCUUUGAUUAAGCUGAAGAAGAAUGGCCAACGCUGUGCUGUCAAGUCCCAGUUUGUUCAGCCCAUCUGCUUGCCAGAGAGCGACACUGUUUUCCCUGAGCAGUUCAAAUGUCACAUUUCUGGAUGGGGACACAGGCAUGAGAACAUCUCUGGCUAUUCCAAUGUCCUGCAAGAAACACUGAUUCCAAUUAUCUCCGAGGAGAAGUGCAGAAGCCCUGAGAUUUAUGGAACAGAAAUGACUGAAAAUAUGUUCUGUGCUGGCUACUUCGACAGCAAAUCUGAUGCCUGUCAGGGAGAUUCUGGUGGACCUCUGGCCUGUGAGGAGAAUGAAAUCUCUUAUCUCUAUGGAGUUAUCAGCUGGGGAGAUGGCUGUGGCAGAGUCAACAAACCUGGAGUAUACACACGGGUGACAAACUAUGUCAAGUGGAUUAAUGAGAAAAUAGCCCCCCGAAAAACCAGCUGAAGAGUUAAAUCUGCUACCAUCUGAAGAAGGCUUCAGGAGUCUUUUGGUUUCAUUGAAAGGGUGUGAACAUUUUAUUAUAAGCUGGUAUGAAAACUGUCAUGGUAAUUUUUAGCAAUUCCAAACCAGGCCACCAAAAGUAGGCUUACUCCAUCUGAUGUCAGCCUCCUCCACCUAGGAUUUUAGGGCUGUGGAUUGCUCCUUACAUGUGACUGUCUUUAUUUGGUUUAAUAAACAUGUUGAGACAGAGCACCAAAAUCUGUAACUGUUUGCCUGAUGGCUUACAUGAAAAGAAAAAGUGAUUUGGAUGGGUCUGUGCCUGGUGGACUUGUCAUCUCUUAAACCAACCUAUACAAGACUGGCCUUGUAUUCUGAGAUGAGUCAAAAAAAUAAACAGCAGGAGCAACAAAAAUGAAA